GUGUGUUUUUGUCGGUCAGGGGGAGGGUCGGGUGAGUGUGUGUGUACCAGGGGCGGCUUGUCAACCUUCCUAUCUCAGUGUUGAUGUGUCAGAUGCCUGUCGCUGCGGAGAGAGACACAAACAGACGGAGAGACCUCGACACUGAAGAGAAGCUCUCUUCUUCCCUCUCCUCCUCUUCUGCGUUCUGUUCUUUUUGUCUUCUUCUCCUCGCCUCUCCCCUUCACUCCGUUCCUCCCUCCCUCUCUCUUGACCUUCCCCCUCUUCUCCUCGUUCUGUUUGUUUGUUGUUCAUCCGUCCUCUCCGCCUCUCUCCCAUUCUCACCCCUCAGCCUGUCCUUAGCUCUCUUUUCUCCACCUUUUCUGCUGACCUCUUCCUCCCUCCCUGUUUACCCUUCCCUUUUCUGCUUCCUCUUCUCCUCUUCUUUUCUCCUUCUUCUUCUCUGUCUCCUACUUCUGGAUGGAGAGUUACUCUCUCCUCUUCAGUUCCUCCCAGGGAGCGGGACUUCUGUCAGGAUUUCAGCGUCUGCGAUCUGAUAGGAGGAUGUGUGACGUCGUCCUGGAAACCGGGGGGGUGUCUUUCCCGUGUCACCGCGCACUAUUGGCCAGUUCCAGUGAGUACUUCUGGGCUCUGUUUGGAGAGAGCACGGUGGAGAGGUUAGCGCCCACUGUUAGCCUCCCAGCGCUAACGCCUCGGGGACUAGACAUCAUCCUGGACUUCUUGUACUCUGGUUGGCUCAGCCUAUCACCUUUAACCCUUCCCAUUGUCUUGGAAACCGCCAGGUACCUGCAGGUGCAUGAGGCUGUGUCGAUAUGCGAUCGCUUCCUUAACGACGGGUUGUCACUCAACACCUGCUGUUGCUACGCUAACUUGGCGGAAUGCCAUGCCCUUCCGGAGGCCCUUGCAGCCUCCAAUCAAACCAUCACCAUGGAGAUGGCAGCAUUGUUACAAGACAAAAGGGAGGAUCUCUUAGAGCUCAACAUCCAAUCAUUGACAGCCGUGCUGGAGGCCGAAGAGAUUCCCGGUGUUAAGGAGGCAGAGCUAGUGAGGCUGGCUCUGGAUUGGUUGGAGGUGAACGGGCCGCUGCCAUUGGUCCGUUCAAACCUGCUGCUCAGCCGUCUACGUUUCGGAUUGGUCACGCCCUCUGACCUGGCAAUACUAAGCCACGCCCACCCAGCAAUGGCCACACCUCUCAUGAGGAGUCAUGUGACACGAGCGCUGGAGUAUCACGGGCAGGGAGCUGCUCGACCAAUCAGACAGAGCAGACAAACCACUCUGAGGUCAUCAGCCAAUCAUGUGCUGUUAGUAGGGGGUGGGGUCAAUCCAGACUCUCCAGAUCAGGAAGUGCUGACUUUCGACCUCAAAAACAGGAAGUGGUCAUCACUGGCCCCCAAUCUCCCACGACUGCUAAAGAACCACUGCGUGUGCUGUGUUGGAGGGUUCCUCUUUGUGAUUGGAGGAGAGGAGGUCGUGGGAGGAACCGAGGAGGGGGGAAAAACUCUCACCACCACGACAACCAACCAAGUGUGGCGGUAUGACCCUCGCUUUGCAUGCUGGGAGGAAGUGGAGUCCAUGCUGGAGACAAGAGCCCAGUUCACCUGCUGUGUGGUUGACGAUGUCAUAUACGCCAUAGGAGGACAACACCCCCGCGCGGACACACACACCUCGAUGGCAUCCGUGGAGUUUUACAACAUGACUGCAGGGGUGUGGCGGAGGGCCACCCCUCUGCCCCGCCCCCUUUAUGGCCACGCCUCCGCCGUGCUAGGACAAGCCCUGUUUGUCUCUGGAGGUAUCCCUGGCCACCAGGGCUGUCACCAAGGUGGUAGCCGUGGUGACCAGCGAGGCAGCAGCAAAGAGCUUCUUUUUCUAGACCUUGGCGUUGGAGGGAAGACCUGGGAGACGAGAGCCCCGAUGUCCAUCGCUCGCUUCCGACACCACAUGGCAACGGUUGCCGGGAGCAUCUACGCCCUUCUGGGAAUGUACGAGCCCUUCUGCGACAUAGAGCGGUACGAUUCGCUGGCGGAUCACUGGACCCGCCUCCGCCCGCUCCUCAUAGGCUCGUUCAGCUAUGGACUGGCUGUCACUGCCUCCGGUACCCUCCUGCUAUUCGGAGGCAGGAAGUGGAUGGACGGACAGGAAGUCACUGUGAAAAGCGUUCUAGAAUACGACAGGGAGAAGGACCGCUGGAAGGAGAUAUGUCAGCUACCCAGACCUCUGUGUGGCUCUGAAUGUACACUGCUGGCUCUGCCCAACUAACACACACACACAGGAAUUAUGGGACAGAUCCAUCAAACACUAAUAAAGGAGAGGAAUAAUGUGUGCCUGUUUCAAAAUAGGGAGAGAGAGAGAGGAGGAGGAGAAGGAGAGGAGAUCUCUGAAUGAAAAGAUGCAAAUCAUGCUUGUAUAUGGUGGGAGACACAGGAAGUAACAUGUCCUAGUUGUUUUGGCUGAUAACUGCCAUCCCCUGUGAACUACUGUAUGAACAUCUUAACUUCUCGUUUCUCUGCUGAGACGUUAGUAAAUCUUCACAAGGGCCUCGGGCAUUGGUCUCUCCUGCUCUACUCAUCUCUUACCCUCUCGCCCUGAGAGAGUGAAGUCUGCUGUUCAGCCAACAAUCACAGAGGUGUACGUAGGGCCAGCUAUGGUGGGCAACAAGCCCUCUAGUUCCAGAGCCUGUAUACUUAGUCUACUUUAGUCUUUUAACAAUGUGCUCGAAAACUGUCAUUUUUCGCAGUUUGAGCGGCAUGUCUGAAUCUGCUGUGUUGGUUUCGUUUGGUUUCUGUAGACCGAUUGUCGAAUUGCAAUGCUUUAGGACUGAAUGUUGUCUACAUUGUCUAAAACGUUUAAUACUUUUAAUGUAAUCUCUAUAUCAAUAUCUAACAACUUUAAAUACCAUCUGCUAUCACACUGGUUAGAACAAAUGUGAUAAUUAGAUAGUUUAACAUUCCAAAUGGUCAUUUAAUGAGGAAAUAUGAAACACAUAAAGUUUCUCUAAUCUGACAUGUUGACUGGUUCUGGUCAUCUGUCUGUUACUCUGCGCAUGUUGGCUUCAUCUUGGAAUGUAAUCACUUUAAUGGCCUAGUUUGUCAAACACACACAUGCACGCACGCACGAAGACACACUCACACAGCAUACACACACGUACACACCCACACUCACACACAAGCAUAUACACCCACACAGCAUACACACACACACACGUGUACGCAUGGACACACAUAUUCUCACACUUCCGAUGACAGAGAAAGAAAAGCAGGUGAGAAGUUCCUCGUCUCAGAAUGACCCCGACAGACAAACUCAAACACACAGCUCUCCUCCCAACAGCUGAACUUUAUUAACUCCAGCUUGCCCCACACGUCAACAUAAUAGAUAUAUAUAUUUUUAUAUAUGUAUAUAUAUUUAU